GAGAGGCGGCAUCAUCACUUCCUGUUGUGGGCAGUCGUUUCCUGUCGCUGCUUGGUAACAAUGGGGAAGAUAAUGGCUGCCUGAGCAACGUCUCGGAGCAGGCGCUGGGUUAGAGGCGGGUCUCCACCAGAGACUCAUCGGAGGCGGGCUUGCCAGAGGCUGCAGGGGCGGCGCGGAGGAGCCUCGGCUGCGGCAGCCGAACGGACCGAGUCGGAACGUGACCCCCAAACCAAAGCAGAGUGUGAAGAAAACUAAAAUCCAGUUUAUUGUAUUUCAAUACUAUGUCAUAACAGUCAGGCCUUGUGGUUGGAUGGGCUCUUUGAUAGAUGUUAAUUGGUCUUGGGCAUUCUUCAUGAUGAGAAUGGGUACUUCUCACUGGGAAUUCAAAGGAUAAUUUUCCACUUGUUCAUCAAGAUGGAAAACUCAGAUUCUAACGAUAAAGGAAGUGGUGAUCGGUCUGCAGCACAGCGCAGAAGUCAGAUGGACCGAUUGGAUCGGGAAGAAGCUUUCUAUCAAUUUGUAAAUAACCUGAGUGAAGAAGAAUAUAGGCUUAUGAGAGAUAACAAUUUGUUGGGCACCCCAGGUGAAAGUACCGAGGAAGAGUUGCUGAGACGACUACAGCAAAUUAAAGAGGGCCCACCACCACAAAACCCAGAUGAAAAUAGAGGUGGAGACUCCGCAGAUGAUGUGUCUAAUGGUGACUCCAUAAUAGACUGGCUUAACUCUGUCAGACAAACUGGAAAUACAACAAGAAGUGGGCAAAGAGGAAACCAGUCUUGGAGAGCAGUGAGCCGGACUAAUCCAAACAGUGGUGAUUUCAGAUUCAGCUUAGAAAUAAAUGUUAACCGUAAUAAUGGGAGCCAAAAUUCAGAGAAUGAAAAUGAGCCAUCUGUAAGACGUUCUAGUGGAGAAAAUGUGGAAAACAGCCAAAGGCAAGUGGAAAAUCCACGCUCUGAAUCAACAUCUACAAGAUCGUCUAGAUCAGAACGAAAUUCAACUGAAGCAUUGGCAGAGGCUCCACCUGCCAGAGGUCUGAGGAGGGCAAGAAGCAGGAGCCCCGACCAUCGGAGAACCAGAGCGAGAGCUGAAAGAAGUAGGUCACCUCUGCAUCCAAUGAGUGAAAUUCCACGAAGGUCUCAUCAUAGUAUCUCAUCUCAGACUUUUGAGCAUCCUUUGGUAAAUGAGACUGAGGGAAGUUCUAGAACCAGACACCAUGUGACAUUAAGACAGCAGAUCACUGGACCAGAGUUGCUAAGUAGGGGUCUUUUUGCAGCUUCUGGAACAAGAAAUGCCUCUCAAGGAGCAGGUUCUUCAGACACAGCCAGCAAUGGUGAAUCCACAGGAUCAGGGCAGAGACCUCCAACCAUAGUCCUUGAUCUUCAAGUGAGAAGAGUUCGUCCUGGGGAAUAUCGGCAAAGAGAUAGCAUAGCUAGUAGAACUCGCUCAAGGUCUCAGACAUCAAACAACACUGUCACUUACGAAAGUGAACGAGGAGGUUUUAGGCGUACAUUUUCACGUUCUGAGCGGGCAGGUGUGAGAACCUAUGUCAGUACCAUCAGAAUUCCCAUUCGUAGAAUCUUAAAUACUGGUUUAAGUGAGACUACAUCUGUUGCAAUUCAGACCAUGUUAAGGCAGAUAAUGACAGGUUUUGGGGAGUUAAGCUACUUUAUGUACAGUGAUAGUGAUUCAGAACCUAGUGGCUCAGUCCCAAGUCGAAAUAUGGAGAGGGCAGAGUCACGGAAUGGAAGAGGGAGUUCUGGUGGUGGUAGCAGUUCUGGUUCCAGUUCCAGUUCCAGUUCGAGUUCCAGUUCGAGUCCUAGCUCCAGUUCCAGUUCCAGUGGUGAAAGUUCAGAAAGUAGCUCAGAGGUGUUUGAAGGCAGUAAUGAAGGAAGCUCAUCAUCAGGUGCCAGGCGAGAGGGUCGACAUAGGGCCCCGGUCACAUUUGAUGAAAGUGGCUCUUUGCCCUUCCUUAGUCUGGCUCAGUUUUUCCUCUUAAAUGAGGAUGAUGAUGACCAACCUAGAGGACUCACCAAAGAACAGAUUGACAACUUGGCAAUGAGAAGUUUUGGUGAAAACGAUGCAUUAAAAACCUGUAGUGUUUGUAUUACGGAAUAUACAGAAGGCAACAAACUUCGUAAACUACCUUGUUCCCAUGAGUACCAUGUGCACUGCAUCGAUCGCUGGUUGUCUGAGAAUUCUACCUGCCCUAUUUGUCGCAGAGCAGUCUUAGCUUCUGGUAACAGAGAAAGUGUUGUGUAAUUAAGAUCUGAACUCUCAGCUAUGUAGCUGGUAUAGUGAUGGGCAAACAGGAAUCACUUGUUUUAUGUCCACUUUUUGAGUGGUGCUUAAAUGUAAAGUAACAACCUGAAUUGAGUCAUUGCUUUCUGAAGGAAUCAUUGUCCUUUUUUGCAGUUUCUGUCCCAGAACACAAGGAAGCAUUUAAAGAGCAACAUUUUAGGAUCUAACAAUCUGAUUUCAGUACCAGUUGAAUUGAUAGCAUCUCUGUUACUGAUAAUUUGUAUCAUAUACACUUGUUGGUUUCUCCUUUGUUAUCUUAAAGGAUCUGCCUUAGCAAUGGCUCCUAUCUGUUUCAUGUUGAUCUUUAUGUAAAGUUUCCCAUGCCAUAGGAGAGAGAGGGGUGAAGGAACUUCCCACUUUAGGCUAAGUUACAGUAUGUGUUUCCUAAGUGAUUACUUAAAACUGUACCAUUCCCAGUUAUUGACACAAAUUCAGCCACAUUCUGAGUAUUGUUUGUUCACCUUUCAGACUAGGUGAUACUGGACAUGUCAGUGUAAAUAACACUAAGGUUAGAAUCCUCUAAGUGUAUAACUGUCUCCUAAGCCCAUCACUGUGGCACACUGUAGAGUGAGCUUAUAGUUUAAUUGAGAUAUUUAUCUUGUGGAAAUAUUAAAAAGCCUAUGCUUGUGUAAGUGAAAAAAAUCACAUUCAUUUGUUUAAAAAUGUAAAGCUAUUUUGUAGAGGCUCAGUACUUUUCCAAUGCACUGUUGUAUUAAUGCAUAAAAAAUUGUAAAGUACCAUGCUUAGAAAUGAGAGAACUGCUUUUUGUGAGCCAACAUAGUUUAAAAAAAAAACACACCAAACAAAGUACAAAGCUGCUUUUGUAAGUGUGUAGGUGUCAAGAGCAGAACAUAUCUAUAAUAUUUAAUGUAUGUGAACAGCUACUGUGACAUGCAUAGAAUAGGGCCAUGCAGAGUCAAACUGCAUUAAAGACCAAUGGAAAUUGUGUGUUUAACUUGAAUUUAGGCAGGAAAUGACAGAUUGGAGUCAAGAAAACUGCUCUGAGGAGCAUAAAAUUUUCUUGUAGACAGUAAUAAUGCAGACAACAACUGGUUCCAUACAGUGAGAGCAGCAGCAGCAUAUGACCUGGCAUUCUACAGGAACAGAUGAGGCAGAUCGGCAAAUUUGACAGAACUCUGGUUGCAGAGACACAAACCACUACAUCCAGUUAAGUUGAUGUUUUUGCAAGUCUGCGCCUCCAACAGUGGAGGAAAGAGACUACAAACCACUUUUAGCAUAAAUUGCAGUUGGUACAGAUGUGUGCGAUCAUAGGAAAGUCUCGAAUUUGCAGUGUUUUUGAGAUUUGCCAUUUAAGGUACUAGUGCACACUUGCUAAUAUUUCAUCACAGUCUAUCGCAGACUUAAUAUCUUGCAUAUGAUGACCAGGUGAAUUAAGGGAUUUUUUACCUUUCCUUGAAAGUGUAUCAUUUUGGCUUAAUUGAAAUUCAAAAUUUAAUUGUGGUGUCCAUAUUUGCAGAUGGGACAGCUCACUCACUAUGGACAGGCACUUUAUGUUUCCUUAGUAGUAAGAGUAAAUAAUGAUAACCCCAGUACUUUUGCCUAAUUCCUCUCUUAAAGCUGGUUGGGGUCAGUCUGUGGAGCAGGUACUUGUUUUUCUGGGAAAAGCCAAUAGGCCGGAAGAGGGCUUGAACAUGUCCUUGGCCUUUAGUGAAAUGAGCUAACUACCCAGACAUAGACAGAUCCCUCUACAAAGUAAACAAGUCUGCUUUAGGAACUGUUCCUGGCUACCUUCACUGUUAGCAACUUCGCUAUAAAGAUUAUUUCAGAGUUCAUUAUCUCAUGUUUUCUUCUCGCUUUCAAUCCUACCUAAGUAUCAAGGAAGUUAACUUGUAAAUAUGGUAGUUGUUUACUAAAGGAUAUGUACUGCUCUUGCAAGGAAAUAAUGUUCAAAGCUUCACUUAUUUUUUUUAAUAUAAGCAGAUUUCACUGUUUAUGGCGCUUAUGUAAUACAUUUUAUCUUUUAAAAAAAUUGUCCAUGCAAAAGUCAGGAUUCCUUUAUAUUUGUGAGCCUCCUUGUCUCCUUUUCUAAGGGUGUAACAGAUCUGCAGGGUAGUCCUGAUUGGCUAAAAAAAAAAAAAAAAAGGAAAAAAGAAAAAAAUCCAUUUUCCUCUUGGUAUAAAAAUGUUCAUUUUAAAAUAGUUUAAAAACAUCUGCAGCACAUUCUAAGUGUAAAAGAAAGUUAACUGACAACAGGUACCUCCCUAACCUCUCAAAAUGUAUUACUCCUUUGUGAAGUAUUAAAGUAUGGCAACUUGAGCAGAAUGCUGGUUCUGAAUGUAGAUAUUGAAGCUACUCAUAAACACUGGAAAUAGACUUUUAUGUUUUUAGCCUUCAGUAGAAUGCACAUAUUGGACAUGUGCAUGUGGACACCUUUUUCAAUAGCACUCAAUAAUUGCCGUUGGGUUGUGUAGAAUGGAUACAAGCAUUUUAGUGGAAUUCGCCACUUAAUUUUCAUUUUGCUAAUAAGUCCAUGACUGCGGCAUACUAGCCUUGUGGACAUUGAAGACAAGGUCUUUUGUAGGUGUCAGAUGCACAAUGGAGAACAGAAAUUUGCUUUUUUUUAAUUGCCACCAGCAUCCAAACCUAUUCUUGAAGGGAGCAUUUUCCUGCAGGAGACUUUACAUUUCAUUUUGUAUCUUUGCACUUUUACUUUUAUUACAGAAAGAUUCUGUCUUUUAAGACCUAGUUUGAACUUCAUGCAGUAAAUAGGAACAAAAAAAAAAAAAGCAAUGCUGGAACAUGACAUUGUUCAAAGCAUAGGGAAAAGUACUAAAACCUGAAUUUCCUUGACUAUUUCAGAUGUUUCCUAAAAAUCCACUUACUAGUCUGAAAUGUUUCUUUUGUUGUUGAACUCCAAGCAGCUACCAGGGUUGAGAUUUAUUUGUUCUAGAAACAAAAUUGAGCAAGUUAGGUUAAAAAUUUGUUGACUUUUAUCUGUAGCAACACUAACAGAUGAGCCAUGUUGUGAAUUUGGAAUAUUUGCUCUAAAAGGAACACAAUAGUUAUACCUCAGUGGUGUUAAUAGAAGUUGGGAUUUGAGAAAAAGUGUUCACAUUUGUGUUGGAAUAUAGACAUUUGUACCAUCAGAAAACCUUUAGCACCAGAAGUUCGUUUUGUAAACACACACAUGCAUAUACACACAAUCUCUUCAAGACUGGGAUUAUUUGAAUUCAUCCAAACUUCAGGAAAAUGGUUAGCUAUAAGUGUUACCUCAAGUAAUGGUUUUUCUCCCCCCUGGUUAAACAUGUCUUUUCUGUGCCAAGAAUUCUUUCCUAGUGUCUGUGUCUCAAGUGACAUUUAUGAAGGGUUAUCACUUAAAUGCUUUGUAUUUAACCACCUGCUUCCCAAAUGUCCACGACAUGAAAUGGGUCAAGCAUCCAUCAGGGACUUUGAGUCAGUUCCCAAGGUGCCCACGUGACAGGGAAGUGGUUGUUGCAAAAUGCCUCUUAAAAGGCCAUUUUUACAGCUUGCUAGAAUACAGUGGCACCUUGUGGUGGUUGAUAACUUUUCUUUGAAAGAUGGAGGACAUUCUUUUCUCAUUUCCUGUUUUGUGAAUGGAGAAAAUAUAAUCUGCCUUAUUUGAUGUUUUAAAGUUCUACAAUGCUGGUUUCCCUGUCAAAUGUUUUAUCAUUACUUACAUAAGUAGAAGCCACUUUCAUAAGGCACUUUUAUUCCUCCUAGUCUUUUAAGACUACACUGAUUGCUACUUUCUGUAGUAUUCUGUACCUUACUAAUUCAAGAGAUUGAGAAGGCACACGUUAAAGUGUCAGGUGUGUUUUUUUCCUUGAGUUAUAAUUUUUCAGUAUGUUUAAUAUUCAUUAACAGUUUUGUAAUUCAUUGAAUUAACUAGUGAGUUGUUUUCUUUUGAAAAAAAAUUUGAAAGUAUAAAUUGAUAUAACGUGCUUCAUUUGGAAAAUUGAGAUGGAUUGUCUGAGGAACUAGUAUUUCGCUUGAUUUUUCAAUCUGAUCUUUAAUAAGCAACUGAAAUCCAUUAUGAGUUCCAUCCCCACCCAUGAAAUUUUUUAGCAUUCUGAAAUUAAAAAUUAUUUUCCUUCACUGGAACAUUUCUAAAAUAGAUAAUCCCAACAAAGGAGUAAUCGCAUUUAAGUAACCCUUGUUUGUACAUGAAAGUCUACAGCAUAGAAUAGAGCUAUUACCAGGAUGUCAGAUCUCUUGAGAAAUAAUAGAAUAGUGUGUCAAUUUUAUGAUUCCUUUCAUGUUGAUGUGGUGGUUUGGAUUAAAAUCUGAAGGAAAUAGGCAUACCCUCCAUCACUCAGUUAACAGUGAGGUAGAUAAUUGUUUUUGAUUGGGAUUUGUUUUACUUGAGUUCCCUAAACUACUUUAUAGUCACUUGGGUUGAGUGGUAGAUACCAUAAAGAUGUGCCCUGAAAGUGAACCCAGUGCUACCACGGUGCCUCACUAUGUCAAGGUUCCUCUGUCAGUUCCUCAUUUUGCAGAUUGAUUCCAAUAGCAAGGUAUGGUUGAACCAGCUGCCCAGCCUUAACUCUAGUGCCCUGUUAACUAACAUUCUUUUAACUGAUUGAUUAGUAUGUGUUUUAAAUGUCCAAUGUUUGGAUUUUACCUCUUGAUAGCUCCAUUUGUUCCUGGUGCUGCUUUUAAAGGUGUAGGGCCAUGUGAUCAGGUAUCAAGUUGAGUAGGUACGCGGUUGGCCUGGUUAUAAAUCUGUGCCUGUUUUAUCUUCUCCCAGGAAGUGCUGCUUUGGUAUAGAUGUUUACUUGGAUUCAUAGAAAGAACUGGGUAGCAAUCUUGAAAAGCUUUCUGAAGCCUGUAAGAACCUGAAGGGAUUUGGAGAUGGGGCAGUAACAAAGGCUGCGUUUAUGUCUUUGAACAUGAAGCACAUAAAUGUAUGUUCUGUAAAAACUAAAGUGAUUGUGAUACCAGGGCUUCCUGACCUCUGGGAGAGACUUUUCAAAAAGCAGAGAGGAGCACAAAAUGAAGUGAAUUUGGUUGGCUUGCUUUAUCUGGUUUCUCAUUUUCUGUCAAUUUAAAUCUGGACAUAACACCCUUUUCCAAUAUCUCUAUCCAGCAGACUCCUAGUUGGGAAGCCCUGUAUUAAAUUUUGAGAAUGUACCCAGUUUUCCUUUUUUUUUUUUUUUUGUACAGUGCUUUACAACUGCUAAAAAUUAACUUGUUUAAUGCAAAACAAGACCUUGAAAGGUCAGUCAUAUUAAAGCUGGUUUGAUUAUUAAUAGUUAUCUUUUAGGAAGAAGCUUUUUCCCUAUGUAAGAUGUCAUACUGCAGAUUUAAAAUAUAGACUAUCAAUAAAAUGCAUGAAGUGAUCAUUUGUGUUCAAUCAUCUUGGGUUUUUCUUUCAAAAGGGAAAUCUGAUAAAGGUUCUGUUGCUUCAAAUCAAUGUCAAAUAGGCUUGAUUUUCAGAAUCAAGUGGAAUUACAGUGCAAUCCUGAUUUGGAACCCCUCACUUCUGUGUGGGCAGACAAGUACUGGUUUACGUGAGAAUUAUUUCCAUUUUAUUUGCCUUAUGUCAAGAACGGCUUAAUUUUUGAUAAAAUAAAAGACUCAAGUAUAUUCUGAUACAAGGAUGCUCUAUUACUCACUUAACUAGUGAUGAAUUUUAUUAUACGAUGGUGCUAUUAAAAGUGUGGGAAAAUGGA